CGACUGUCCUCACUACGUCCCCGCUCUCGACCCAACACCGAAGAAGAAACCGAAACUCAUCCCACAACACAUUCGGGUUCACGUUCAAAUACACUCAUCGAUCGUCUGUCCUCACUCUUCCGCGCUCAACCCCACAUCAACGAAGAAAUAGCACUCCCACAACGCCCGUGGCGUCCUCGUGUUGUCGAAGUAGCUGCAGUGCGGGACAGGCAGGCAUUAUAUGUUGCUCCACGGCCGCUACCAAACCGCCCACACACUCAGCCUGCUGGUGCUACCACACCAGGUACAAGGCCUGUGCAGUCGCGACUUCUUCGAUUGUUGGCUCAUCUCGUGCUUUUCCUCUGUUGUGCAUCUUCUCAAUACGUUGAGAAACCAGCACAGCAGCAACACGGCCAAUCGCACGGCCAAGUCCAGCCUCAAGCGUCAUCAUCGCAGACACGGCCUGCUGCCACCUCGACAUCCACGACACCUACUGCUCCUGAUACUCAUACUACCGCGCAGCCACGGCCCUUUCCAUUGCGGGCUCGUUUCGUUCUUUUUCUCUGUUGUGCAUCUCCCCCGAAUGCAGAUGGACAUUGAUGCUGCAGCAUAUGGACACCUAUUUCAUCUGUGGGUCCGGUUCUUCUGUAAUAACUGUUAUCUCUUUGUUCGCGUUAAGACUGCGUAUUUGAAUGCCACAACCUCCUCAAUCUCGGGUUGGUUGUAACACUAUGGCAUGAAGCCUCGAUUCUAAUUUCAACUAUCGCUAGAAACACGUCCUGGCUGCAAAUCAUGGUGCUGUAUAUCCCGUGCACCAAUCAUUCCGUUUGCAUUUAUCCCUUGGGUACCCGAUCGCAAGUAUGUACAUCCUUGCACUAGAUCGUUCCCCUGCCCCACUGCACACACGCACCCUCCCUUCCCUGAGUGCAUGAGCGCUGGUAUGAUGUCAGUGCCAGGGUGUGGCCAUGUGACCUUUGCGUGGUGUACAACCAAGACGUCUCGACCUGCUAUCUGCGCUGUGACUGGCCGUUCUGUUUCUCCGCUGAAGAAGAUUAUGUCGCGGACGACGCAGUA